UGUUUUCAAUAGUGUGCAACUUGCCUCGUAUUCCAUUUCUUUUCUUUUACACGGUUGCACCAUCGUUUGCCGACUCCAUAAUCGGAAUCCAAGAAAGGAACAAAAAGGAAACUGAGACUUUUGUAAGAGCAAAUCGAGCGAGAAAGAACUCAGAGACAGAAGCAGUAGGAAGAGAGAGAGAGAGAGAGAGAGAUAUGAAGAUCACAUCUCUGUUGGUAUUGAAAUGCAGUGGCGAGGGUUCGGAUCCGGUGAUUCUGGCGAACGCUUCGGACGUGAGCCACUUUGGUUACUUCCAGCGCUCAAGCGUCAAGGAGUUCAUCGUCUUCGUUGGUCGCACCGUCGCCAAACGCACUCCUCAGGGCCAGCGUCAAUCUGUUCAGCAUGAAGAGUACAAGGUGCAUGCUUACAACAGAAAUGGCCUUUGUGCUGUGGGAUUUAUGGAUGAUCACUACCCAAUUCGAAGUGCAUUUUCUCUUCUCAACCAGGUGUUGGAUGAAUAUAACAAAAAAUUUGGUGAGUCAUGGAGAAGUGCUCAAACAGACAGCACUCAACCCUGGCCUUAUUUGGAUGAAGCUCUGACAAAAUUCCAGGACCCUGCAGAGGCUGACAAGUUGUUGAAAAUCCAAAGAGAACUAGAUGAAACAAAAAUCAUUCUCCAUAAGACUAUUGAUAGUGUGCUUGCUCGAGGAGAGAGGCUGGACAGUUUAGUUGAAAAGAGUUCUGAUUUGAGUGCAGCAUCACAGAUGUUCUACAAACAGGCGAAGAAAACCAAUCAGUGUUGUACCAUAUUAUAAACUUCGAAGACCAUCAGUUUCCAGUGAACUCACCUGAAUCCUGUUCUGAUGUUGAGGCUGUUGGAUAGGAGAAAAUAGCUUCAUUAUGUCUAUAUAUCUAUAUACAUAUCUCACUUUCUCCGUUGUUUGCUUGGUGAAAUUCUAUGGUCUCCGCGAUAUAUGUAUUGCAGACGGGAACUGAAUGUUGGUUAAAGGUCUUACCGUGUUGAUUUAAAGAGUUAAUACUCUCAUUUACGUUGUCUGUGAUUCAUAAUAUGUUAAUUAUAGUAUACAUAAAUUAUUGUUUCGAUACA